CGAGUUCAAAGCAAUCAUAACUUUGGGAGAGAGGAGUCUGGAAGAUCUCCUUCUUCUUCACGGCAGGAGCUUCGCAAUCAAUCUUUCAAAAUUCGCCGGAAAUUCGAGAUUUGUUCACGAAUCAGAGUUUACCGGUGAUGUUAGGCAGGAAAUCGAGGCCGCCGAUGAUCGGAUUGCUCACCGGAUCGCUGAUUUCCGGCAAUAGAUCUGGAGCUGUGGAAAUCCCCUCCACUCCGAGAACUCCCAAGCCGCUGAAGAAUUUCGACCGCGGAGGAGUAGGAUUGGGCAUCGUGGCGGCGCUAGAGAGAUCCGGCGACUGUCGCAGCGAAACUCCGGCGGUUCUCGGUCGGAAAUUGAGCAGAUCCAGUCCGAUUCCGGUGAAGGAGUCGUCGUCGUGUAGAAGUAAGGCGUGGUUGGAGGAGAUGGAAAGCUUGGAGGACGAGGAGUACACAAUCGUGACUUGCCAUAAGCCGGACAGGUCAUUCACGACGGUGUACCGCGGCGGCGAUCGGAGUCCUUUCAGGAUACAGAGCAGCAGCAGCGUUUUCCACAUCUCUCCGGCAAGGAUCAACGAGUCCGCCGGAGCUCCGCCGUCUGAUUUUCUCAGCUCCUGCCAUUUAUGCCAGAAGAAACUUCACGGCGAAGAUAUAUAUAUGUACAGGGGAGAGAAAGCCUUCUGCAGUGCUGAGUGCAGGUACAGGCAAAUUGUGGUGGACGAGCGCACAGAGAAUUGCAGCUCGGAAGCUUCCAGAGCCGUCGAUGUUUCCACGUCACCUUACGCCAACGGCCAGAUCUUCACCGCCGGAAUUCUUGCAAUUUAGGGGACAGCCAAAAUAAUUGUAAUAUACAAAAAGACAUAUAAAUAACCUUAUAGUAGAUUGUAACAAAUCAUCACACUCUUAUGGAGUUUUUUGGUUCCUAAACCAAAUUUUGAAAGAAACUUUUUAUCAAAUUCUAUUA